AUGAAUGAGAGAGUGAGAGUUAGAGGGACUGAGAAUGACAGUGAGAGUGACAGUGAGAGUGAGAGUGAGAGUGAUGGUGAGAGUGAGAGUGGGGGUGAGAAUGAGACUGAGAGUGAGAGUGAGAGCGAGAGGGAGAGCGAGAAUGAGAGUGAGAGUGAAGGUGAGGGUGAAGGCGUCAGAGAGGGCAAGGCCGAGUUCGACGGCACAGGGCGAAGGGAGGGCGAGGGCGUGGACGUGAGCGAAGGCGAGGGCGAGAGCGAAGGCGAGGGCGAGUUCGAGGGCACAGGACGGGGGAGAGGGCGAGGGCAAAAGAGAGUGAGACUUCUAAACAAGAGCAACAUUACAAGUACAUACCAAAUGCAGAUAUUGUUAAAGCGAUAA